AUGGACUCCACCGGAGCAGGGGUCUCAAAUACAAUCUCUCUAUCUGAGGAUGGCGACUAUGCCGCGCAAUUGAAUGGCAAAGAUCUAGCCAUCCAUCUUGACCCGGCAUCGCCUGAUUUCAAAGAGGUACAGAUCGUCAAGCUUAAGGAAAUUGCCUCGAAGUUCUUGAAAUUCUCAAGAUCCAAGCCUGUUCUACCUUCAAGCACGCACUCCUACGCCGGAGUGAGCUCCCCAGGAAGACGCGUGCUUUGUGCCAGUGAUUCACGGAUCCUGGUCUGGCAAUUGGAACCGUUGCAAUUACACGCAGAAAUCGAAAGCAUCGAGCCUGGUGCUACAUACGUCGACUUCGGAGGAGAUGAGAACGAGGUUGUUUCUUUCCACGCCUGGAAUACGAAAAUCACAGUGUUCAAAUUGGACUCUGGUCGAAGCCAAAUCAUCAAAAGUCCCAAAUUUUCGAACAGCAAUGGCUUCGGAUACCGGCCCAAAACUAGGCAAUUUGCUGUUCUUCUAAAGCCGGAUGCAGUUGAUCUAUUAACUAUUCAUGAGUUUCGAUCUUACGAGCUUAUAGGCCGAGCAGUCUUGCCUACAAUAGACGCUCAGGGCCUCAAAUGGAGUCCGGACGGGAGAUGGAUAGCCGUGUGGGAUGCUGCGAGUGCGGGCACCAGAGUCCUCAUUUUCACGGCUGAUGGGCAGCUCUUCAGAACGUAUAGUGGCCCUUCGGGUAUCGAUAGUUCGCUCGACCUCGGUGUUAGAGGGAUAGAGUGGAGCCCUGUUACCGGGCAACGCGGUGUGUCAGAGCUUCUGGUCGUUGGAAAAGUUGAUGGGACUGUUGACAUUCUCAAGACGCGAACAAUAGAGCAAAAUUCCCCCAGUGUCUGGCGGGAACGGUAUGCAGCUGACGGAGACCUUGAAUAUGCCGAAGCGUCAAGCUCCUCUGCGUUUGGUAUGCCCGUCGAACCAUCCGGGGCGCCCCGGGGCGUGUCGAUCAUGGCCUUUAGCGCCAGCGGGACUCUUCUGGGCACCGUCGAUCCGACGCGACCAAAUAUUGUUUGGAUAUGGGAUUUGGAGAGCACACCAGUCCUGUUGUCGGCGCUAGUCCACGAGCACACUGUUAGACAGGUCGUGUGGCACCAUUCCAAGACGCAGUUACUUAUAACCACAUCGAAUACCGCCUACGCUGCUGUUCGGUACUGGUCGCCGUACAGCCAGCCGUUUGUUGCGCGCAUCCCCGUUCCGCGAAGCGAAACUGGAAGAUACGAAGUGAGAUGGCUGUCAUUUGAUGAGGAUGAUGAUUCAAAGUUCUGGUUUGGUACACCGGACGACUUUGUACUUGGUCACCUUGAGAGUGUCGAAGAUUCGCCGCAGUUCAAGGUUACCACUACCAUUAAUGGCAAAGCCAAGGGAAGUAGUUGUGGACCUGCGGAAACUAUACUUAAUCUUAAUUAUGCCUUUGGGUACUACCAAUGUAUAGCAGUUUCUCAUACUAUACUUCAGUAUACUAUCGAACAGCCCGCUCCAUACAAACAGGGGUAUGCCGAUCGACCAAUCACAGCGGGUAUCGCAGCAGCCAAUGCUAACCGAGCGGCACCGACAGCCCAGGGCUUAGGGUUCAUCCGCACGUGA